AUGGACCAACACCAACUUAUGCUCCAAAACAGAAUUGUUAAGACAACCUUUGCCAUUAAGUCCAAAGAAGCAGCAAUUCAGUCUAUUGAUAGUAUUAAAGAUGACGAAAAAGUCUACAGAGAAGUUUCUAGGAUGUUUAUCCUAAAUACUAAAUCUUCUCUCAAAUCACAACUUCAACAGGAAUUAGACGAUUUAAAAACUCUUUUAAAUAAAAUGAAGAACCUAGAAGCAUCCUGGGAAUCCAAACAAAAACAGGCAAACCAAUGA